UCAAGCAGCAAAGCCCAUUAAUGGCCAUUAUCCCCAAACUCCCAAAGCAUGGUGUGACCGAAGAGGCCUCACAGUUUCGGCUGGCACCGGCGGGAUCAAAUCAAAUACACCAGCAUGCAAAAACCAAGAUAUAAUCCACAGAUUGGAUCGGAACCAAUAAUAAAUAAAUAAAUACUUACUUAAAUAAAAUUGUUACCAGGAAAAUACAGUCCAAAAUUUGAGAAAUAAAAAAAUAAUUUCUUCCUUCACUCGGUUACUCCAUGCCUUCCCGCUGCCCGAGCUUUUUUCUCUCACACACAUUGCACGCACUGCCCCUUUUUAUAGUAAAACCUCAGCCUCAAUCCAUCCAUUUAUGGAAGCCUGUAAUUAAUUCACAAAAUUGAAUGUUUGCGGGCGCCGGGAUUUUCUCCGGCUAUGUCGGUCUGCCGUCUUACUCCAGUUCUCUUGUAUAUAUAAACUCAGUCAGUGGUUAUAGAAUUACUGUGUAAUACUCUAGCGGUGCGGUGGCUUUAGUAAAUUUUGCAAAUACUCAUAGAUACAGCAGUAGAAGGGAGUAGGGUUUUUGACGGUAGGAAGAAUUGAAAAUUAGGAGAAGAAAUCAACAAUGUUGUCGUCGUCGUCAACGUCAACAGCAAAAUCAACACCGGCGUCAAACGAAACGACUGGAAAGUUGACGCCGAAUUUGGACAAGGACACCACUAAACUCCUUAAUCUCACCGUUCUGCAGAGAAGAGAUCCUUCCAUCCAAGAGAUCUUGAGGAUCGCAACUCAUGUCACUCUUUACAAGUUCAACAUCGACCUCAAUCAGUGGGUAAGUUGUUCACUGAUUCUCUUCUUUUUAGGGGAAUUGUUUUUUUAACUUGAAUUGUUAUGUGGAAGUCGGUGGAAUUGCAGCUGUUUAAAUCUGGUGGCUCUAUUUCUGCUGUUGGCAUGUAGAUAUGUAGGUUUGAUCUUCUUUCUUGAUCUUUGAGUUUUUUGCUUAUGGCAUUGCCGAAUUUGUUAUAUCCUGUAAUCUGCAUCUGAUUAUUUGUUAUUUGAAAGAUACAGUUGAAGAACUUGUCAUUUGAUUUUGAAAGGAUGCAAUUUAAAGUUCACAUUGUCCACCUAUAUAAGUUGGAACAUCAAGAACAAAACCAUGUCUCUUAGAAUAUACCAGAGGAUACAGACUUGAUUUUUUGCAUGAUUACAAGUUACCAUAGUAACCCAAUAUGCGAAGUUGCUAUCUAUUUGUGUUACACUGUUUCUUGCCCAAUUAUUCAACAUUGGCGGAUUUAGAAAUUUAUUUAUGGGGCAAGUUUAAUUUAAAAAUUCUUUUUCUUGAAGUGCUUAUGUUGCCCUUUUUAUCAUCUGUGUGUAUGUGAAGAUGUUAUCUAUAAUUCAUUACAUGAUCAUACACAUUCAAAUGUGAGAUCGAGGUAAUGAAUCCUUGUGUAACCCUAUGUUAUUUCAGGAAAUUGAUAAUAGUUUAGUAAAUGAAUGGUGUUGACUAUAUUGAAUAGUUGCCUCUAGAUAUUGCUGUUAUGAUUUUUAUUAUGAGCUUGACCUAGUGUCUUGGCAUGAUUUCCGUUUGGCUGCAGGCUCGCAAGGAUGUUGAAGGGUCUCUCUUUGUGGUUAAAAGGUCUGCACAACCGCGAUUCCAGUUCAUUGUCAUGAACAGGAGAAGUACAGAAAAUCUCGUAGAGGAUCUCUUGAGUGAUCUUGAGUUUGAAAUUCAAGUUCCGUAUCUUUUGUAUCGCAAUGCUGCUGAAGAAGUGAAUGGUAUUUGGUUCUACAAUUCACAGGAGUGUGAGGAGAUUUUCGAUCUUUUUAACAGGAUUAUAAAUGUGCACCUGAAAGCUCCUGCCAAGCAAGAUGCAACUCCAAGCAAAAGAGAGUUUAAAGAGCUUGAAGCAGUGCCCACAUGUGCAGCAAUUGAGGGAGCCCUGGAACUGUCAAUUAAACCUUCUACAUCAACAGUUCAGCAAGAAGAUCCUUCUUUCAUGAAGUUCUUUAAUAAGUCUAUGAAUGUUGGGAAUAACUUCUCAAAUGGGCCUCAAUCUGGGCAACUGCAUCCGAAUUCCUCACCUACUUCUACUUUAUCCCAUGUCCCCUUUGCACAUUCUUCUCAUGUGCCAACUCUGCAAAUCCCAACUCUUCCUCCUGCAAGUUAUCUGUCUCCCUCUACUAUGACUCCGAAUGGUAGAUCUGACCUAUUACAUAGCAGUAAUAGUGUGGCUAAUCUUGUCAAGCCUUCUUCUUUCGUAGCAACCUCUCCUUCCUCAUCAUUUUUUAUGGCCCCAGUUUCAUCUACGGCAACUACCGCUCUUCCUCCUUUGUUGACUCCGCAGCAGCCUCAUGGUGCCCCAAUGCUUCAACCAUUCCCACCCCCUACUCAACCACCAACUUACACCACAGCAGUAAUGAACUAUACUCCGCUGAACAGGGAAAAAGUUAGCGAUGCACUUCGUAUGCUUGUUCAGGAUGACCAAUUUGUUGAUAUGGUGUACCGAGCAUUGCUGAAAGUGAAUCACUCAUGAUUCCCAUGCGGCCAUGAACUUGUAGAUUAUACGAAUACCGAAUGGUUAGUUUGUACAGGGGUUGUUGGAAGUUGGUAGCAGAGUCUGUGAAUGUGCAUGGUUCUCUCCUUUCUUGCGGUGUUUCUGGUGUUCAUGUCAAAUGAAGUUCUUAAUAAUGACGAAUUGACUGCAGAAGUCUCGUGCAAUUGUGGUUUUCCAAACCAACUCGAAAGUGAUAUACUUUUCCUAGUUUGUUUUCAUACAACGUUACAGUACAGAAACAUGGUAUACUUUUUUCAUGUGUUGUAGCUCAUUUACUUUCCUAUUUCUCAUCAUGCUCUGUGAUUGUUGAUUAUACCUGGCAAUUUCCUGAUUGCUUGAACUGAGGAUAGUUGCAGAAUAGAGAUGAAACUAGUCUUUUGGCAUAUGAAGCAGAACAGUUAUUCUUGUUGAGAGAUUUUCACAUCCGAAACAAACUUAACCGGAUUGAAUCAGGAUUACUCGGGACUGUGUAAUGUACCCUUAAGAGAAG